AUGGGGGCUUCCUGCAACUUGGUCUCCCUCCUGGACGCAACUCUCAAGACAUUGAUCUCCAAUAAGGCUGUGAAGGAUGUGGGCAUGCCGCUCUCCUUGGCUUUCCCUCAAGACAAGUCUUCUGGUGAACAGAGGCCAAGCAUGCCGAGACUCGAGACUUGGGGCGAGUCCCCCCAAGUUCUCUUUCUGCGGUCUGGAGGCCAACUCACAUCUAUGACCAUGGCGCGGCCUAUACUGGCAGCUGGAUGGGAGAGCAUCGAGAAGGGUAUGGCGUCCAGGUUCCAGCGCUCCAUGAAUCCCUCAAAUGGUGCUCGUGACAUCCACCAGGUGUGGCCAGACGGGGCUCGUUAUGAAGGGCAAUGGAAGGCCGAUAAGGCGCAUGGCUGGGGUCGGUUCGUUCAUGCAGAUGGCGACGUCUACGAGGGGGAGUGGUUUGGAGACACCGCCCACGGGCAAGGGACCUACAGCCAUGCGGAUGGGUCCAAGUACGAGGGCCAGUGGGAGUACGACCGCCAGCAUGGUCACGGCGUGGAGCACUGGGUGGACGGUGCCCGCUAUGAGGGAACGUACCAAGCGGGUAAAAAACAUGGAAAAGGAUAUUUCACCUGGGCCGAUGGCUCCUCCUACGAUGGCGAGUUCUUGAACAACGACAUCCACGGCUCGGGUAUUUACUCCUGGGGUGACGGUCGCAAGUACGAGGGACAGUGGGAAGGCAACCGGAUGCAUGGCCAUGGCAAGUUCGGCUGGCCGGAUGGGCGGCACUACGAGGGAGAGUACGUUCACGACAUCAAGCAUGGCUACGGCAUCUUCAAAUGGCCAGAUGGCCGAGAGUACGAUGGCCAGUGGCGGAAUGGCAAGCAGCAUGGUAUCGGCUGGUCUUCAGCGCCAAAGCAGGAGAAGCGCAACGGCGAAUGGAUGGAUGGAAAGCGGAUAAGAUGGAUCGGCGAAUCCGAGCCGUAG